AAAUAAACGUAAUUUAGACAGAAGGGUGACGUUUAUGCAAAAACUCGACUUGUGGCAAUUCGGUGUUCAAAAUUUGACGUGUCUGUCGUUUUAUUUCGCUGAAACUAAAUUGUUAUGUACGUGGAAUAGUCUCGGGGAUACACCAGAAUGGUUCGCCGAAGAAGGGACAAUGUUAAAACGCAAAAGUAAAUUUCGCAAUGAAGAAAAUGAUGAGCUGAGGAGUAAAAAGUCGCAUUACACGCACGUGAGUAAGGUGGAUGAGACUCAGUCAAAGAACAUCGAAUUAUGUCUCGAAGUCGAAAUGGAUGAUGAGGUUAGAGACAUAAUGAAAAGUCCAGAAAAAUGCCCAUCCGCCUUACUCGACGUAACCGUAAUCAAGCCCAAAGGUCCAGACAAGUUCACCACCGAAAAACAAACGCUAAAGACGAACCAAGUUCGGGAAUUGAUCGCUGCGAUGAACCUGGGCAACGAUAGCAGGAAAAGCCUAAUCGGAAAACUUUUUGGCGAUAACGCAGCCCUUGCUGACAAAGCACGGAAGCGAGAAGAACCGAAAAGCACCGAAGCCAGUCCGAGAAGGAAGAAGAAAUUGGCUCUGUCGUCAAAAUGCAGACAAACCAUCAUGGAGGAACCUGUCAAAUUGGAGCAGGGCGAUAAUCCGUACGCCACUGAUGAAACUAACUCGUUAGUGUACUCUUUGUAUAACCAGAAGAUAAAUCUUCCUAAAAGUAGCAUGACACCAGACCAGCAGAUCUAUACGACGCCCAAAACCUACGACAACAUCAGGAAAAUGUUUGCCUGUACAAACGACAUGAAGCAGUCUAACAACAGCAAACCUGACCAGCCCUGUAUGUGUCAAAAUUGUGCCAUCGUAGGUAUACUUACCGACUCACAGAAGAAACCAUUCGCUACAGAACCCAUGCCAGACCCAACGGAGUCCAAAGAUUGGAAGUUUCGUAGGCCAAGCAGAAAGAAAUCGGUUGCUUUUAAACAUAACGAAUUGCCAUCGGGUAGUCUAUCCCCAGAUCAGUACAAUGCUGUUCUGGAUCACCUCUCAUCCAGGAUAGCCGAGUUAGAGAAAAGGGUGGCCCUACAGGAAGAAAGGGCUGUCCCUAAGGAUUACUUCAAAAAGAUCAUUACGAAGCUGGUUAAUCAUCUAACGAAAUUGACACAUUAUACGACGGAAGAUAAAGCUUCAACCUACAACCAUAGACAUAGCAAAGACCCGCAACCCCCCUACAACCAAUUCAGGUUCAGCGACAAGCAGCACAGGUUCUUCACGAACGCGGCCUUCAUAGACCACGCCUUCAAAGUACCGGCCGAAAAAGAACUGGAUCCGAAACCGUGUACCUCGUCCGAACCGCAAAGAGCAACCAGCGAGGGCAUCUGGAAAUGGGGGGAGGAAAUUUUGUCUUCGGGUAGAGAUUUUAAAAAUAAAGUUAUCUUGUUGCUCGAGGGAACGUUGCAGAAUUUGAAGAAAGGGUAUAAGGCUGACGGACCGAACAGAAACGACGACCUGCAAGCGUUUAUAGAAGAGCUAACCAGCAAUUUGGCUAAAACUUUAGAAACUAAAAGUCAAGCUCCGAAUCCAGUAGUACCAUUAGCGCGUGAAAAACGUAAAACUCAAGAAACGAAACGGAACGAAACCAAACAGUCGUUGAUAUCGAAGGUCUCAAAGAAAAGAGGUUCGGGCGUCAACGUGGCCUAUGUCAAUCCCCGCAUGACGAGAUGGCCUGAAGAGUCUGCGGCUUCCUUUCGUGUCGAUUCCACCGAUUGCGAGGUGCUCAAAGACAGGAUGAACGACGCAUUGAAAAGAACACACAAGACCCAUUUCCUAAAGAUUCUCGAAAGUACGAAUACCAGGGACCGCUACAAACUAUGGCAGAGCAUCUACAACCGGGCUCUGGACAAUCGUCAGAAUAAGAAGGAUCUGGUAACAGUCCAAAUCCCCGAUCCCAGAGAUAGAAGAAGGAUGAUUCCUAUCGAGUUCACCAUCGAGGAUUUGGAGAAGUUGCUCACCAACGUCAAGGAGGGUAACAGGUAGCGAAAGGUGUUUCGUGUUUGUCGUGUAAAUAUUGUACCUCAGUCUGAUUCGAAGAAUAAAGUGUUUUGUCGUGUAA